GGACUUGAUCCAAAACAGGAGAAAGUGGACACAGGACCCACAGUUCUGGGAGACACCAGGAAAAAGACAAAGAUCUAUGGAAGAAGAAGAAGAAGACAGAGAAGAAGUAGGAAGGAAACACAGAGAGAAGAGAGGGAAGAUCUCAAUGUAGAAGGAUAUUUGUAA